GCAAGAACGUAGCAGAAACACCACAUGCAGGUGGAGAAUUUAAGGCUUGACAAGAGAUAUCUGCUCUGUUACAGCCUACAGUGCUACCAUGACACGUACACUUUUGUUGUGGUUCCUCAUCCUAAAUGCCUCAUUCAAGCUCUCAGACAGCCAUGCUCCUGCCUUUGGAGAGGGGGAGGACUAUGAGAUUGUUAGACCCGUUAGACUUCACUCUGUCAGAAGAAGACACACAGAGAACUUCAGGCCAGAGACGAUGAAGUAUGCCAUGACGUUUGGAGGAUCAGACCAUGAAAUAGUUUUGCAAAAAAACACUGACUUACUCGCCAAAGACUACACUGAGACUUAUUACCAAGAAGAUGGAGCACGAGUCACCACGACUCCAAAUGAUAUUGAUCAUUGCUACUACCAUGGCACGAUCGUGAAUGACAGUGCAUCGUCAGUGAGCAUCAGCACUUGUGAUGGACUUAGGGGUUAUAUACGGACCUCCGCCCAGAAGUACCUGAUUGAGCCCCUCUCUGGUGAUGAUGAGGGGGAUCAUGCUGUGGUGAAGUUCAACGAAAAGGAUUACACACCUGCAGUGUGUGGCGUCACCAACACCACGUGGGACACAGAUUUUGAGCCCCCAACAAGCCGUAGUCGCUCCAGAUCAGGGGGUAUAUCUAUUUUUCAGCAACAGAAGUACAUCAAGCUUGUCCUUGUUGCUGAUAACCGUGAGUACGUGAAGAUGAAGCGGGAUCAAACAGAGCUGAGGAAGAGGAUAUUUGAAAUCGUUAACUUUGCCAACAUGGUAUACAAGCCCCUGAGGACCUUCAUUGCUCUUGUUGGUUUGGAGAUCUGGUCAAACAGUGACUUGAUCUCCAUCACUCCUCCGGCUGGAGCAAACCUCAAUGCUUUCAUGACGUGGAGGAAUUCUGAGCUGGCCAAGAGAAUAAAACACGACAAUGCUCAUCUUAUCAGUGGUAUUGACUUUGAAGGAGCAACUGUGGGACUGGCAUACAUUGGGACUCUGUGUUCAGACCACUCUGUUGGGGUAGUGCAGGACCACAAUAAUCGGGCAAUCGCUGUGGGGGCCACGCUGGCCCAUGAGAUGGGCCAUAAUCUGGGCAUGAAUCAUGAUGAUUCUAGCGCUUGUGCUUGUUCUGGUGAUAGCUGCAUUAUGGCUGCAGCCCUCAGCUGGGAUGUCCCACGCUCUUUCAGCAGCUGCAGCAGCAGUCAUUAUGAACGAUACUUGACCGGCCGCACCCCUUCAUGUCUGCUAGAUGAGCCCGACCACAUGAGUCUGGUGUCUCCCGCUGUCUGUGGGAAUGGUUUUGUGGAAAAAGGCGAGCAGUGCGACUGCGGCAUUGAAAAGGAGUGCACCAACCCAUGCUGCAACGCCACCACAUGCACCCUCAGUGAGGGAUCCCAGUGUGCUGCAGGGGAGUGCUGUGAGAAGUGUAAGAUCCUACCUCGAUCCCACCAGUGUCGAAGUAAGCAGGACGAGUGUGAUCUAGCCGAGUACUGUGAUGGAGAGCGCGCCACGUGCCCUGAGGAUGUCUUCAGUGUGAACGGUGUCCCGUGCGAUGAAGGUUCUGGUUAUUGUUACAAUGGCCAGUGUCCAAAACGAUCAGACCAAUGCAUCAAAAUGUACGGCGCAAGUGCCAUAGAGGCCAGGUCUUCCUGCUACAACCACAAUACCAGAGGAACUUACUAUGCCUUCUGCAAACGUCCCUCCAAUGCACAGUACAUCCCCUGCCAGAAAGAAGAUGUGUUCUGCGGGAAGCUCUUUUGUCACAAUGGUAACCCCAGCCCAAACUAUGGCCGCAUGGUGAGGGUGGGUGACUGCAAGGCAUCGUUUUUUGGAGACUACACCAAAGACUAUGGCCAAGUAGACACUGGGACCAAAUGUGGGGAAGGAAAGGUGUGCAGCCAGAAUGAAUGUGUGGAUCUUCCAACUGCUUACAAAAUCACAAACUGCUCAGCAAAAUGCUCCGGCCAUGCGGUAUGUAAUCACAGAAGUGAGUGUCAGUGUGAGCCCGGCUGGUUGCCUCCCUCAUGCGAUGCCACGGACAGGGCCUUCCGCUCCGUCUCGGAUGGAGCGACCGCUGCCAUCGCAGUCAUCACAGUACUUGUGAUUUUGGGGGUCAUCGUCGCCAUUUUGGGGAUCCUCUGGAAAAAACGACAGAGUUCCAUGUUGCCGACGUAACUAAUCACCAAAGCUUUUAGCGAACAGAACGUGUGGAUGUCACAGACAAGACCAUAAAGGUUGUUUUGGUUUUUUGACAGGAAACAGUCAUGACAUUCUCAUUGCAAUGCUGUCUGAGACACACGGGUGUUUACAUGUCAUAUCCUCGCUUGAGUCAAGCACGACUUGUUGUUUUUAAAUUCCAUUUUAUAUGCUUUGUAUUCUGUCACAAGUACUGUUCCAUUUCAUUGCCAAUGACUGCACCUUUUAAACAGUAUUGAGUGAUUGCAGUUGCUUUUAAAAUGAAAAAUAUAUAUUUAUACAUUUUUGUCUUUUUCUGAAUAAAGCUUCUCGACUGAA